AUGCGUAUUAGCAAUAUACGCAAUGGACGCAUUUGCCGUUUGGCAUUGGUGCUAACACUCUUGCCACUUCUAUAUUUGUUGAUCACAUGGAGUGAUGGCCACAAACGGGUGCAGGAGGUAUAUCAGGCUAAAUUUGGUACGGGACGUCGUCACUAUCAACGUUUAGAGGGUAGGCCCAAAGAAAUACCGGUUUUGGUAGAAGGGUUGGGUAAUUUCGAACCCACCAAUGUUGAAGACCGUGUAGGUCCCGGCGAAAACGGUGAAGCUUAUCACCUGCCAGCCCAUAAGAAAAACGAGGCAGACGAAUCGGAAAUGGAAUAUGGCAUGAAUAUCGCUGCAUCCGAUGCAAUUUCAAUGCAUCGUAGUGUACGCGAUACCCGCCUGGAAGAGUGUAAACAUUGGAAUUAUCCAUAUGAUUUACCAAAGACCAGUGUUAUCAUUGUCUUUCACAAUGAAGGCUUUUCAGUGCUACUGCGAACCGUCCAUUCGGUCAUAGACCGUACACCAAAACAUAUUCUACAUGAAAUUAUAUUGGUCGAUGAUUAUUCGGACAAAAAGAAUUUGGGUGAAGAGCUGGAGAGUUACAUUAAACAAUUUAAUGGUUUGGUGCGUUUGAUACGCAACAAGGAGCGAGAAGGUUUAAUUCGUACGAGAUCGCGUGGUGCCAAGGAAGCAACAGGUGAAGUAAUUGUCUUCCUUGAUGCCCAUUGUGAAGUGAACACAAAUUGGCUGCCACCUUUGCUGGCACCCAUAUAUCGUGAUCGCACUGUGAUGACUGUGCCCAUCAUUGAUGGCAUCGAUUAUAAAACAUUUGAAUAUCGUUCCGUCUACGGCAGUGAAAAUCAUUUCCGUGGCAUCUUUGAAUGGGGUAUGUUGUAUAAGGAAAAUGAAGUCCCCAAACGUGAACAACGUCGUCGUCAACACAACUCUGAACCAUAUCGCAGUCCUACACAUGCUGGUGGUCUCUUUGCCAUUAAUCGUGAAUACUUUUUGGAGCUUGGUGCCUAUGAUCCGGGUCUUUUGGUAUGGGGUGGUGAAAAUUUCGAAUUAAGUUUUAAAAUUUGGCAAUGUGGUGGCAGUAUUGAAUGGGUUCCAUGCUCACAUGUCGGUCAUGUUUAUCGUGGUUUCAUGCCUUACAACUUUGGUAAGCUGGCCAGUAAAAAGAAGGGUCCCCUUAUUACCAUCAAUUAUAAACGUGUCAUUGAAACAUGGUUCGAUGAGACACACAAAGAAUAUUUUUAUACCCGUGAACCAUUGGCUAGAUAUUUGGAUAUGGGUGAUAUCAGCGAACAGUUGGCAUUGAAGAAGCGUCUUAACUGUAAAUCAUUCCAAUGGUAUAUGGAUAAUAUUGCCUAUGAUGUUUAUGAUAAAUUCCCAGCUCUGCCGGCUAAUUUGCAUUGGGGUGAAUUGAGGUCAGUGGCAACGGAAAAUUGUCUCGACUCGAUGGGCCAUCAACCACCCGCAAUUAUGGGUCUAUCCCAUUGUCAUGGCGGUGGUAAUAAUCAGUUGAUACGUCUGAAUGCUGCCGGACAAUUGGGUGUUGGUGAACGUUGUGUUGAAGCCGAUCGUCAAGGUAUUAAGCUGGCCGUAUGCCGUUUGGGUACCACCGAUGGCCCCUGGAGUUACGACGAGACAAGUAAACAUUUAUUGCAUCGAGCUCAUCGGAAAUGUGUUGCUGUACAUCCCACCACACAGCAGUUAUUCUUGGCACACUGUGAUGUUAAUGAUGGCUAUCAACAAUGGUAUUUUAAACCAAUUAAACCUAACUAUUAGACAAUCAUUGUAACGGGGAGCGGGAAGU